AUGCAUUCAUUCAGAUCUUCCACCGAGGCAGAAUAUCGUGCCAUGGCUGCCACUGCUGCUGAAGUUGUGUGGUUACAGCAGUUGUUGACAGAUCUCUCCUUUCCUCUUGCCAAAUCUCCUCUUCUUUACUGUGACAAUCUGUCUGCUAUGGCCCUCUCUACUAAUCCUAUUAUGCAUUCUCGUGCUAAGCAUAUUGAAGUUGACUAUCACUUUGUUCGCACCAGCUUCAGCAUGUUUCCUCUUCUCAACAAGUUGCUGACAUCCUAA